AUGUGCAAGGGACGUGCAUAUGUGGGUCCCACGCAGGGAAAGGAAUGGUGCCAACAAGGAUUCUGGGACCCUGAACUUUCAACGGGCGGCCUGCAGAAGAUUAGAACGAUGAUUUUGACUCCACCAGAGCUCUCCCUUGAGUGGUGCGAACCUUGUGGCCCGGUACAUGGUCUUUUCCAGUGCCGGCAUACUCUGGAACUAGCAUACCUAGCCGCGUAA